CGCUUCUCGAAGGCCCAGUCUCUUGCGAGAGACUCUUCGCGGGUACCCCAGACACCUCAGCGUCCCAGUCCCAACGGCACGCUUCGAGUGGUUGAAUGCUCAAGGACUGCCCGCAACACCAGUGGAUUACUGCGCGCAAAGGAGAAACGAAAGGCGUGUAUUGUCAGAGCCUGUAAACCGUGCGCCAACAAGUCACUUCGAUGAACAUGUGCAAACGGGACUGCCGCCGCGUAUCCAGCGACGACGCCCACGAAUCCCCACCACUCUACACGUGGCCCACGGCGAACGAGAGCGUGGGCAUCACCUGCCUCGACGCGAACGCCCUAGGCAACGUCAUGGAGUUCCUGCCCACCGCCGACCAGGUUCGCCUCCUCUCCACUUGCCGCGAGCUUUCCCACGUUGGAUUAACCUCCAAACUCGAGACAUUUUGCGGCAAGUGUGCGCCGUGCAUGUCCGGCGUCAAGCACGCUUGCCAUGGCGCAUCCGAGCGAAAGUGGUCUCUGCCGACGUGGCAGUCUGUUCUCACCCGCCACGGCCAUUCGUUGAACGAACUGCACCUUGUCGGAUGCACUCACGUGUCGCGCGAUGCAUUUUCGUCCUCUGAGAGCCGUCGAGUGCUCGAAAACUUGCGCGUCCUUCGCAUCGACAUGUGUCCUGCGUUGGACGCCCGCGGCCUUCAGGAGCUCUUGGCGAUGUGCCGACGCCUUUGCCAAGUCCACAUUGUCAACAUGCCUCUCGACGACGCUGGUUUGGCCGUGCUUGUGACGAACAGCCGCACGUCGCUACGGAUGCUGGAUCUCACGGGUUGCCACUUGCUCGUGGGCAGCGGGCUGCAAGCGCUGAGCGCCACCCACGUGGACACGAUUAUCCUAGAAGGUUGUCACGGCAUCAAGAUGCGCGAAUUGGAAGGAAUGCUCGACACGUGCGAAGCCCUGCGCAGUCUGAGCCUACAAUACUGCCACAACGUCGACGACAGAAUCGCGCAAAGCAUCGCCGCCACCCUUGCAACGUUGGAGCAUUUGAACUUGCGCUACUGCUACAAGGUGUCGGAUGAUGGCGUGCGCGCCAUGUGCUCGUCGUUGGUGGCGCUGAAGACGCUCGAUCUGUCGCAGUGCCCUCGCAUCACGGACGCAGCGGUUUGCGCCAUCUCCGAGUCGCUGCACCACCUGCAGAACUUGAACCUGUUGAACUGCCGCCAAGUCACGCUGAGUCGAACGCUGCCCCACUUGAAUCUGGCCGGACUUCGCCGACACAACGCGCUCGUGCCCAUCGAGACGGUCGACCGAGCUUGGCCCAGUCGCACCGCCCUUCUCCCUGCAUGGGAGCAGGCGGAACAAGCAGGAUUUUUCAAGCGCGAGAUGAGCCAACAUGCAGGCCGCAUGGUUCGCCAGGUAGUCUGUUAGGCGCUUCAACAUACGACUGCAUCCCUGACCUGCAACGUGGUCGGCAGCAUUAUAUUUCUUAAACAGCGAGUGCUUUGGUGCGCUUGGCGACGAAUGCUUGCCGCCGAGUCGUGGCGGCCGCCACGGCCUUGAGUUUGUCAAAGGCAUAUCGUUUGUCGCGGAGGUCGGUCGUCGCCUUUUGC